CCCCUUCCGCCCCGUCCGCGAGCCGCCCGCCAUGGCCAAGAUCAAGGCCCGAGACCUGCGCGGGAAGAAGAAGGAGGAGCUGCUGAAGCAGCUGGAGGAUCUGAAGGUGGAGCUGUCGCAGCUUCGCGUGGCCAAAGUGACCGGCGGGGCCGCCUCCAAGCUGUCCAAAAUCCGUGUGGUGCGCAAAUCCAUUGCCAGAGUGUUAACUGUCAUCAACCAGACACAGAAGGAGAACUUGAGGAAGUUCUACAAGGGUAAGAAGUACAAACCCCUGGAUCUGCGGCCCAAGAAGACUCGGGCCAUGCGGCGCAGGCUCAACAAGCACGAGGAGAACCUGAAGACCAAGAAGCAGCAGCGAAAGGAGCGUUUGUACCCGGCCCGGAAAUUCGCCAUCAAGGCAUAGCCUUGAGCAAUCCCCAGCUCCAGGCUGGGGAGCUGGGGAUGCCUCAUUAAAUGGAGUUUGGUUUGGAA